UCUUUGAUUUUCUCUCUCUCUUUACGACUACGUGCAUUUCUUAACCUAAAAAUUUACACACGUUUUGUGCUAUUCACAUAUUUAUCCGUGUAAUGUAUUUAUGCUGUACAAUUGUUAUGAACAUAUUGAUGAAUAAGAAUAAUGCUGAAUUUUUUUGGUUGGUAACGAGAUUUUAAAUUAUCUGCAACUCAUAUAUGAAGUAAAUUAUGAAGGAGCGUACAACAAAACAAUUACAACGAUUAGAAAAGAAGAAAGCAAAGAUGGCAGCAUUUUUAGAAAUUGCAAGACUCAAUGAUAAAGAUAAGAAAGAAAAAUUACAAGCUUUAAAGCAGACAGUAGUCACCACUGAUGAGGUUAGCAAAUCAAAUGAUAGUAAUAUGGCAGAAGACAAAUCUAUUCGUAAACGAUCUUGUGAGCAAAACUCAAAUGAUACAUGUAUAAAAGCAUGUAAGAAAGAGCAAAACUUUCCUGAACCAGAACCAGAGAAUAACAAUAAAAAACCCAGAUUAAGCGAUAUCAAAGAAUAUGCAAACUUGAAAGCGGAACUUAGAGAACGCAAGAAGAGGCUUAAGGCAAUUCCGAGACUCACUCUCAAAGCUGUCGGUGAGAACGCUACUUUGGAUGUCGGAAACAUGACAAAGAGGAUACCAAUAUUCCUUAGCGAUGUACAGCAUCUUUUGUUAUACUCGUUGCUAGGACAUCAUUCUCCCUACUUACCAGCAAGGUGGUGUCAACUCGAGAAGUAUAACAAAAUAAGCCAUACCGUGGUCUUCGUGCUUGAAGGUUUGUCCUCGUAUCAUUUCAUGGCUUAUGAAGAUAUGUUUCCUCACAUAGUACAAAAUUUUAAGCACCGUUUAGAAGUGAUAACGCCUACUGUUUAUGGAGCGUCUAUAACAGAAGAACUCGCAGCCGUUCCCUUAACAGGAACUCAAAGCGAUAAACUAAUUAAACGAUAUGGUUCUCUAGAAACUGCUUUACAAGCAAAUGGAAAUGUCAUAAAAUUACUAAGAAGCGUCUUUCCAAUGCAUUUGACAAAUAGCAAUGUAAACUUUUCCAUGACAAACAAUUCCGUUGAAAAUUUACCACAAACUGAUAAAUUCUGUAGAACAAAAUUGCUUCUGUCGUUAUGGCAGAUGGUGGAAGAAAAUUAUCCUGUACCCCUGAAAGGAACAUUAGCAAAAAAGUAUGGUUCGUACAUAUUAACGAAAGAUGUUUAUAAAGAAGCUACAUCGACAUCGCCAAUGUUUGGUUUAGAUUGCGAAAUGUGCCUGACGACAAGCGGCUAUCUAGAACUCACCAGAAUAAGUGUCGUGGAUGAGAGUAUGAACGUUAUUUAUGAUAGUUUGGUAAAACCGGAGAAUCCGAUAACGAACUAUCUGACUCGAUUCAGCGGUAUUACUGAAGACAUGCUAAAUGACGUCAAGAUUAGAUUGCAUGACGUUCAGCAGACAUUGAGGACAUUACUUCCUCCAGAUGCAAUUCUCGUAGGGCAAAGUUUGAAUUCUGAUUUGCACACGUUAAAAAUGAUGCAUCCAUAUAUCAUCGAUACUUCUGUAAUAUUCAAUCUUACCGGGGACAGGUAUAGGAAAACAAAAUUGCAGAUUUUGGUGCGCGAGUUCCUCGGAGAGAGCAUUCAAGACAAUAAAGCCGGACAUUGCUCGACAGAGGACUCAAAGGCUUCUAUGAAAUUGGUAAAGUUAAAAUUAGCGAAUAGUGUGGAUUACGGGGACGCCGUGUUGCUCGGUGAUCGUAGCAUGAAGAUUUUGAAAAUGGAAACGGAUAACAAAGCGAAGCGAGAAUUGCAAAAGACAGAGAUAAAGAAAUAUGCCACGUCGCUAUUCAGUCAUAUAACGAAAAAUAAAGGCACCACCGCCGCCAUUGUGGGCAACGAUGAAGUUAUAUCCGAAUAUUCCAAAUAUUUAAUAAACUCGUCUCUUAAUAUCAUGGACGACGAAAGUUUCGCGAAGAAUGAUCAAGUACGUCUUGUGAUAGCAGAUAGCACUAAACACGCCGUAGAACGAACUUCGGAGAUAGCGAUGGACCACGCUUUUGUAUUAUGCCAUGUGAAACUUACAAAAGAACAAUUGCAAGAUGAACAGUUGGAGGAAACGUUUCGUACUGUAAAUCAAUGGACUCGUCAAGUUUGGCAAUGUAGCGCGAUAAACAGCCUCGCAUGUGUGAUAUUUAGUGGGAUAAAUACAGCAAACGGUUCUUGUUUUUUGAAUAUCAAGACGGAGGACAGCAUCAUACGAGCUUGAAAAAAAAUGCUGAAAUCGUUGAACCUCUGAGAUUUAUAUGAAAUAAACAAAUUAAUUUUGUUAACACCAAACACCAGUAGUAUCAAAAAAACCUAUCUGGCUAUGUAUAUUAAUUUAGAUAAAUACACGCUUGUACAAAUAACUUUUAUUAAUAGAAAUAUAUUUUAUAAUUUUCAUUUA